UUAGGUUAUCAUUUUAUUGACAGCUGAAGGGCACUGCCUUUUGCUCAUAUAUUAUUGUGUAGCCCACAGAGCACAUCCUGAUUGGAUCGUUACUAAGGGGUGGGUGAUGGUGUCUGGGAAACACGGAGACACAGAGUAGGCAAUUUCAUUAGAAAACAGCCUUCUGCUUUGAGGGAGCAUGCCGAUUUAAUAGCUGCUUUUUUUAGUCAUGCUAGUGUUCAACUCUGAUGCUGAGUCAGAGACAGGUAUCCCAACAUCCCCUUCUUAUGAGCCUCCUUCAGGAAUCAUGGAGGAAUUAGAACAUACAUGCCCUCUGCCUCGGACGACACUGACAGAGCCUGCUCCAUUUGCUGACGAAACGAGCUGCCAGUGUCGCGCGCCUCAUGAAAAGUUAACAGUUGCUCAGGCACGUCUUGGGACUCCAGUGGACCGACCAGUGAGAGUAUAUGCUGAUGGAAUUUUUGACCUCUUCCAUGCUGGCCAUGCAAGAGCUCUCAUGCAAGCCAAAAAUCUUUUUCCCAAUGGCUACUUGAUUGUAGGAGUUUGCAGCGAUGACUUGACCCACAAAUACAAGGGCUUUACAGUGAUGAAUGAAGAUGAACGAUACGAAGCCCUCCGGCACUGCAGAUACGUUGAUGAGGUGGUCAGGGAUGCACCGUGGACACUUACUCCGGAGUUCUUAGAAAAACACAAGAUUGACUUUGUUGCACACGAUGACAUUCCGUAUUCUUCUGCUGGCUCAGAAGAUGUCUACAAGCACAUCAAAGAAGCAGGUAUGUUUGUGCCGACUCAAAGAACUGAAGGCAUCUCUACAUCUGAUAUAAUUACAAGAAUCGUAAGGGACUAUGAUGUGUAUGCUCGUCGUAAUCUACAACGGGGUUACACAGCAAAGGAGCUAAACGUGAGCUUUAUAAACGAAAAAAAAUACCGUUUACAAAAUCAAGUGGACAAAAUGAAAGAAAAAGUGAAGAAUGUAGAAGAAAAAUCAAAGCACUUUGUUUAUAAAGUAGAGGAGAAAAGCCAUGAUCUCAUUCAGAAAUGGGAGGAAAAAUCAAGAGAAUUUAUUGGAAACUUCUUGGAGCUCUUUGGCCCUGAUGGCACGUGGAAACAAAUGUUUCAGGAGAGAAGUGGAAGAAUGUUGCAAGCACUGUCUCCACGACAGAGUCCAACCGGCAGUCCAACCAGAGAGUUGUGUACUUCGCGCUCACCAUCGCCUACUUUCCAAUGGCCUUUUAAUAAUAAGACUACACCUCCAUCUUCCCCCAAGGCAGCUUCUGCAUCCAUUAGCAGCAUGAGCGAGGGGGAUGAAGACGAGAAGUAAAGGACCAUCUAGCUUAUGAGCUGAAUUACUGUCAAUGUCUCAGGAAGGACAGCUUCAGUUCUCCAGUUUUCUUUCUUUUCAAAAUCUUAAGAUAUGAUGCACUGAACAAACCAUGGUGUGUGCGUGUUGCAUUUGAAUCCGUGCUUAGGUCUUUAAGCACUGGUGAUCUGAGUUUACCCCACUUGCUGAGGCAUUGAAUUAGUUAGGUUAUACUUUAUUUAGGGAAGAAGGGCUGAUUGUAAAGGUUUACUUGACCUGCUAGGCAUUUGUGUUCUUGCAGAUAAUGUACAGCAUAUGACUGACCUCAUGCAGUAUGACUUGUAGUAAAGUUAAUAGAAACGUGUAGGCUAUAUGUCUGCUUUAUAUUAGUUUUAAAUAAAUGUGGGCAGCCUCAAUUACUUUCCAUCUAUUUUAAGCAAUUGCACUACCCUGAUCCCAAACACAGGGUUAAACACCAUCAAGUCCUUAAUAGCAGAAGUCAGUGUCAGGUCAGUACACCUUUGAAGCUGUCGCCUGCCAUUAUUGCCAUAAAUUUUAUUAAUCCAAUUCUAAUACAAACUGGAUUUGGAAAGACAUACUUGAUACAACAUACUUGAUACAAACAGCCUUUAAUAUGAACCAAUUUGAGGGAAGCUGAAGAUUCAUAAUUUUAAGCCUAACUGUUCAAAUCUUUACAAAUGGGGUGACUAAGAUCGGAUGUUGCUAGACCAUUUGCAGGAUUUGAACUCUGCAACACCUUUAUGCCAGUCUCAUUCUCAGAAAAGGUUCAGCCAUCUGACUGGGAAAUUAGCAAGUGUAUACAAAUUUGACACAGUUUUUCACCUCUUCUGUAAUUUGAGUGCUGAGUGGUCAUACAAAGGACCCAAGUCUCAACAUCCAGUCUUCAUCGCCUUAAAGUAAUUAGUGUUAUUUACACAGAAGAGCUACAUGAUCAAACUCAGCGUAAUUACAGUAAAUUGGUUUCUAAUUGAUAAGUCUCUUAUAAUCCAAUCACUUCAGAGAUACGCGUACACGGCCUCAUCUUAGCUUCCAACUAGGAGCCUUGACAGCUUUAAACACCGCACUCAUGAACACAAGCCUCUGGGAUUUCAGUCUGCUCAUUAUUUGCAACAUUACACUCGAUUCCUUCUCUAGGCCUAAGGGCAUUUAUUAGAUUUGCUUAAACAAUAUUUAAAACGUCACUUCUACUAUAUAGGCAGUGGCUUUAAAAACCACUGUUUCCAUCAGUGUAGAAUUCUCAGAACCUUCGGCAAUUUCGACAUUCCUGCAUUCUCCACUGUUGUUUACAUGUAAUAGUUUUAAAAUUCAAAUGAAUGCUCUUGGCUCUGGAAUCGCACCUAUAAGGCCUUGAGACAUUCUGAGGUUUGCCGCAAGUCAAUUUUAGACAUACCAGUGGAAGACAAUCCACCAAACUGGAUGCUGCUAUGAAAUUCAAUUUUGAGAAUGUUUCAAAACUAGAAGACAAAUUAAUCAGGCACAACUUUUGCUCAUAUGAAACAGAACUACAGAUUGUCCUUCCCUAAAUCCUGUGGCCUGCGUGCACAUUCCAGCGUGUUCUCUGGCAUGUUCGGAGUUUGCAUGUAUUCUUUUCAGUUUUUUUACCCCCCAUCCCAAAGAUGCACAGGCCCAGUUGCUUAGUGAGAGCAUGUCUGAGUAAGGGUCAGAGUGUGCCCUUGGGAUGGACUGGCGCCCCAUCCUGGGCUGGCUCCCUCAUGGCACUCAAUUCUUCAGGAAUAGGCUGCGGCUCAUUGUGAUCCUACAAGACAAUAAACAAGUUUACAUAAAAGGAUUGAUAAGCUGAGGAGCACUCAAUGGGCGAGAGAGGAAACUGAAAACUCUCCUUAGCUGGAGCUCAGUUUCUGUAUGCAUUUCCAUGAAACAUGUAAUGCCUUUGAUUUUCAGACAGUUUGCUCAGCCUGGUGUUUGUUAGAAUGGAAUUGUAGAAACAUUUCAAUUCUAAGAGACAUUACUGAAAUUGAAUGAAUGAUACCGUUACAAACUUCAGAAUGCUCCUCGGAGCUAACUUAGCCACGAUGUUCUAGCAAUGCCCAAGUCCGCUCUGUUAGAGAAAAGCACUCUCUGCAAGAGCAGGACCAGAUGCCACUCGCAGACCAAUUUUAGAAAUUAAAAAUACAAUAAUAUAUAUACUCAAAUGCACUGUUUUUAAAGUUUGCUUUAUAAAUGUUUUGUUUAAAUUAUUUUAACAAAUAAUAUGUAAAUAAUUCAUUUACAAAUGUAAUGUUCUGUUGGUUUCUAUAAUUGUUUGCUUGUUAAAAAAUAAACACUGAAGCUUGAUAAAUAAUA